UUUAUAAAGAAAGAGAGAGAGAGAGAGAAUCGUCAAAUGUCAGACAGAAAUUUGUUUGUUGUUUUUUAUUCUUUAUAUAGAUUUUUUAGUCAAAAGAGUUGAAAAAACCAAAAAUGGGAAAUAAUCAAGUGCCUGGGGAGGAUUAUUACUUGGAGUUAUCUGAGGAUCCGAUAAAAUUUGAAUCUGUUAGCAGUCUUACAAAUGUCUUCUUCGAUGACUCUAAACAACAGGUAUUCGCUGUGAGAUCCGGUGGAGUGACAGGAGUCCUCGUCAAAGGCCCCGAGUGUAAUUUAAACUUUCGUAUGGAUGACAAAGGUCCUGUUAUAUCCAUCAAAUUCUCACCUAAUAUGAAUAUCCUUGCGAUCCAGAGAACCACUACUUCUGUAGAAUUCGUCAAUUACUCGACCAACUUGGCUUUGGAUAAUGUCGAAUAUUCACAGACCUGCAGAGGAAAGAAUGCCUCGAUUCAAGGAUUUGUUUGGACCUAUGGCAAUGAAAUUCUCGUAAUCACAGAUCACGGAGUGGAAUUAUUCCUGGUAAAUCCAGCAAAAAAAAGUGUGAAAGCUCUAAAAUCUUUGAGUUUAGGAGUUAAUUGGUACGUUUACUGUUGUCAAAGUAAUAUGAUUUUACUUUCCUCUGGGACGAUUGGAAAUCAGAUGCAGGCACUCCAUGUUACCCCUGGGAAUUUGAACAAAAUAACGAAAUUUGAGAUGGAGGUGACGCCAUCGAAACCAGGAAAACUAGCUGUUUCCGAGAGGGAUGUUGCUCUGGCUGUGCUCUACGGAAUUCCUUGUAUAAUAGUUUUGAGACAUCAGCAUGGAGCCAAUAAGUCAGUUGGAACUGCCUACGUUUGUGUAUAUACUGUUCACAAAAUGUUGACAAUCAAAAAAAGUCAUAUACUCAAACUAGACAUGACCGGAAGGUUCGCCAUCAAUGUUGUUGAUAAUUUAAUAAUUGUCCAUCAUCAAGCUUCAAAGACUUCAAUGAUUUUUGAUAUCAUGUUAGCUGGGGUUUCUGAUGGUACAGUGAUGCAUCACACUGCCGUGGCUGCACCUAAACCCAUAAAGCCAUACAAUCUCAAAGUCCAAGGUGCAACAUUGUCGGAACAAGUGAUUCAGCCCUGUCAACUCUAUUCACCCAAUUGGGUAGUUUUUCAGCCAAAUAUCGUGAUUGAUGCCAAAUUAGGAUGUUUAUGGUACAUACAACUUCGACUGGACUGUCUCGUACAACUUAUUGAUGACAAAGUUCAAUUGGUGGAAUUUUUACUGCAGAGAAAAAAUUCAAAACAAAUUUUACUUCAAGUGCUUCAAAAUUAUGUCAAUGAUUUACCGAUAACUCUUGGAGACAUGCCUGCUAUUUUUGAUAAAUUGAAUGACAUUUAUAGAAAUCAUUUGGAGAAUGAAAUUCAGAGUCAAAUGGGUACACCAUUGCAAAAUGUUCCAAAGUCUCCGCCAAAUUCUUCAGAAAAUUUUGCUUUCAAGGCAUUAAUUGAUCAGAGUGAUAUAUAUUCUCAUAUUCUUUCAAAAUUUUCAUCUGGUGAAAUCAUUGAACCGAAAAUGAUCAUUUGGGUGUUGCUAGAAUACAUAAGAUCAUUGACAGAGCAUGGCAUUCCGGUGCAACAUUAUUUGCACGAAUUAGUAAUCACAACAUUGGUCCAACGUAAGGCAUAUUACCAGCUACAUCAAUUGCUGCAGUAUCAUGUGGUUGCUGAUUCGAAACCUCUAGCCUGUUUGCUUUUAUCUCUGGAAAAUCUCUAUCCAGCUGCUCAUCAAUUGGCUUUGGAUAUGUUGAAACGUCUUGGGAAUGCACAUGAAGAGAUUAUUGAAGUGCUUCUGUCAAAAGGACAUAUUUUACCCGCACUGAGGUAUGUCCGAUCUGUUGGAAUGAUUGAUCAGGUAUCUGCGCGCAAGUUCCUUGAAGCAGCUAGAGCGCUGAAUGAUCCAACGCUAUUCCAUUCUGUAUAUAAAUUCUUUGAGCAACGCAAUAUGAGACUUCACAAUACAAUAGCAUUCACACGGGGUGAGCAUUGUCAAGCAUACGUAAAACACUUUGAAAAUUUGUUUCACGGCAUCAACAAUGGCUGUGAUGGCAAUUUAAACUCGAACAUUUCUACUGUUUCGUCGCAAAACUAGUCCCAUCAACGAGAUUUCGGAGAAUGGAUAAAGGUGAGAAUCGAGAUAUUAAAUUCGAUAGUUUGUUGGAUUGAAAACGUUCACCCAUAGGAAUAUUUUCAGUGAUAAAAUUGCUUAAUUUCUUUCAAACAAAUUAUCAUUCCACAAAACUAUGGAAUUUAAUGGGGGAAAAAAAAAAUAAUAAUGUAGAGGAAUCCAUAAAAUAGAAAAAUAAUUAUUGUUUUUUAAGCGAAAUGUAAAAUACCACAAUUUAUUAUGAAAUAAUAAAGAUGAUA